UAGCAGAAACAUUGAGAAACAUGGCGUCGCUGAGUAAAGCCGAUUGGUAUAAUCCUGCUCCUUUUUGGCAAAAUGGACCAUCACCGGGUGGUUUUUACAAUUUUCCGGGCACGAGUACAAGUGCAGGAACUGGUGGAUUCCAAAGAAUGCACACACCGGUAACGACUGGAUCUUCCGUCGUGGGAGUUUGCUUCAAAGAUGGAGUUGUAAUUGCAGCUGAUGUUUUGGGUUCUUACGGAUCCCUCGCCAGAUACAGAUCCUUGGAACGAAUUAUGAAAGUCAACGACAACAUCAUUCUGGGAGCUGGAGGCGAUUACGCAGAUUAUCAGUAUCUCAAAAACAUCGUUGAACAGAAAAUACUUGAAGAACACUGUACCGAUGAUGGUUUCACUCUGAAGCCAAAAUCUUUGCAUUGCUGGUUGACACGAGUUAUGUACAACCGGAGGUCGAAGUUCGAUCCACUUUGGAACAAUUUCGUCAUCGGUGGAUUUGAUGGUGACACACCGUUCUUAGGAACAGUCGAUCAUUUGGGGAUGGCGUAUUCUGACCCUGUGAUUGCUACUGGAUACGGAUCCUAUUUAGCAAGUCCAAUGCUGCGUGCAGCUUACGAGAAAAAUAAGGAAAUGAGCGAAGAAGAGGCCAUCGAAGUUCUGACCAAAGCUAUGCAAGUUCUCUAUUACAGAGAUGCCAGAUCUUUUCCAAAACAUCACCUAGGAGUUAUUACUAAGGAAAAAGGAAUCGAAAUUAGAGGCCCAAUUUCUAUCGAUAGUAAUUGGGAAGCUGCUCUACUAUCAAAAUAAGUCACUCGCGAGUUAACUUUAUACAUUUUUUUCUUUAUAAAUAAAAUGAAUAAAUAAUAAA